AUGGAGGUGGGUCAAACGAAAGAAGCGCUGGAGUCCAUCCACCUCGAGGAUCAAAGCCAAACGCCAACUUCGAAACCGCACACUGAGGAUGUAGUGUCCGAGGAUGAACGCCAAAGGAUCCUUCGUAAAAUCGAUCUCCGAGUGGUCCCAAUCUUGGCUAUCCUAUAUCUUCUCAGCUUUUUAGACCGAGGGAGCAUCGGAAAUGCAAAUGUAUUGGGAUUGUCUGCGGAUUUGGGCUUGGUUGGCAACCAAUACAACUGGGCGUUGACGAUUUUCUUCUUCCCAUAUAGCUUCUUUGAGCCGUUUUGCAACCUAUUGCUCGUCAAAUUUAGUCCCAGCCGCUGGCUACCUUCCAUAAUGGUGCUUUGGGGAAUCGCCACCACCCUGACCGGCAUCGUCCACAACUACUCAGGGCUGCUGGCUGCAAGAUUCUUCCUUGGUAUGACUGAAGCUGGGCUUUUCCCCGGAAUUGCAUUCUACAUGUCUUUAUGGUACCCGAGAGAAAACGCACAGUUUAGGCUUGCGAUGGUCUUCGCUUCCGCGUCCAUGGCAGGCGCAUUCUCCGGCCUUCUGGCCUAUCUCAUUGACAAGAUGGAUGGGGUUGGUGGGUUAGAAGGAUGGCGAUGGAUUUUUAUCCUGGAAGGAAUACUGACUGUUAUCGUUGCUGCCUUUGCGUACUUUAUGGUCAUGGAUGAACCGGCUACUGCAAAAUUUCUAACAGACCGCGAGAAGUUGGUGUUACGGAAGCUGUUGAAUGAGGGUAGUGUUGAGAGCAACGCGGAGUCUGCAAAUAACCCUACCUUGGGACAAAAGGGAGAGAAGAAAUCGUCGCAUGCAUGGAAAGCAUUCACAGAUUGGCAGACCAUCUUCCAUGCUAUCAAUUAUUGGGGAAUGGCUACUGCCGUGUAUGCAUUGUCCUUAUUUCUCCCUACCAUCAUCAAUGGGCUUGGCUACACUGCCCAGAUUGCGCAACUGUUGACCAUCCCGGUGUAUGCUGCAGCCACAGUGUUCACUCUUGUGGUUGGCUAUUACGCGGAUAAAACCGGGAAAAGAGGCAUCUUCGCAAUGGGAUGCUAUAUCGCCGUCUUUGUUGGGUUUCUCAUUGCAGUUGCCCCGUCCAACUUUAUCCCUGGCUUGAGCUACGCUGGAUGUUUUAUCGCAGCAUGUGGGAUGUAUCCCAGCAUUCCUUGUCUGUUGGCGCUUGCAUCAAACAACUACGCCCCUCACACCAAACGUGCCGUUGGAAUGGCCAUUCAAAUUGGAUUUGGUACUAUGGGAGGCGCCGCCGCAGCCAACUUUUACAAGAAAACGGAUGCACCUCGAUACAGACUGGGUCACGCCUUGGUAUUGACCUUUGCAGCUUUAGGCCUUCUUACGGUUGUGGGAUACUAUCUUCUGUGCCGGAAGAUCAACAAGAAGAGAGACGCUUUAGGUCCCGAGUCAAGGAUACCUACAGAGAAAGAACUGCUCGAGUUGGGUGAUAAGGCACCGAGUUUCAGGUACAAGCUUUGA